CUCAGGCCACUGCUGCGGCUGAGGCGCCGCCGCCCGGGAUCGCCGCUGCCGGUCUGCGCCGGCUGCUGGCCGACAAGCUGUGCACCUGGUGAGUCCGCGGCCCGCUGCUUCCACGUGGAGCCGGACUCGCAUCCGGGGGAAGCGGGCUCGGUAGCGCGGCCGGGCUGCGCUGCGCUGCGCUCGUGCCGAUGGGCUGGGAGCUCUGGGCGGGGAGGUGAGGCCGCGGGAGCGGGACCGGCGGGGCGGCCGCUGCCGGAGGGGUCCCGGCAGUCGCGUGUGCGGAGCUACGGCAGGCGCCCAGUGAGCCAGGGGUGUGCGCGGGUUGGCGGAACUGGGGGUGUAAUCUCACGUAUCCGCUCGUGCGCGGAUUUAUUCAUUUGUUUUUAAUCUUAGUAAUUCUGGCUUAAUAUUAUUUUUCUGCUUUCGUUUCUGUCAACUUCGUGGCAAGGAACGAAUUGUGGAAAGGGAAACAGGAGGGAAGAGGUAACAGAACCAAAUAGCUGAGAGAGUGCCCCAAAAUGCAAGAUGGAACUAGCAGGAACUGCUCAGUGAUGUCACAGGUGGUGGUGGUGUUGCCAGAUGUUGCCCGAGGGCUGUAUUGUUCCUCUCUGGAUGCCGCUUCAAAGAAAAUAGAGCUCUGGCUUCUCCAAAGGUUUCUCUGUGCUACUGAGCAUAUUUUGAAAACAGUACUUCUGGGCCAGAUGCUGUCCUUGUUUAUCUGCGGGACUGCUGUUACAAGCCAGUACCUGGCAGAACAGUACCAAGUGAAUACUCCAAUGUUUCAAAGUUUUAUCAACUAUUCUUUGCUUCUUCUAGUUUAUACAACAAUGCUGGCAUUUAGGACUGGUGGUGACAGUCUUCGUCAAAUUCUGAAGCAGAGGUGGUGGAAGUAUAUUUUUUUGGGACUGGCUGAUGUUGAGGCCAAUUACACGAUUGUAAAAGCCUACCAAUACACGACUCUCACGAGUGUACAGCUACUGGAUUGUUUUGGGAUUCCUGUGCUGAUGGCUUUGUCCUGGUUCAUCCUCCGUGCAAGGUACCGGCUGAUCCAUUUCAUCGCGGUUGCUGUCUGCUUGCUGGGUGUCGGAACAAUGGUGGGUGCUGACAUUUUGGCAGGGAGGCAGGACAGUGAAGGAAGUGACGUGGUGAUUGGAGAUGUCUUAGUUCUUCUGGGUGCUUCUUUGUAUGCCAUAUCUAAUGUGAGUGAGGAAUACAUUGUGAAAAAUCUGAGCAGAGUCGAGUUUCUAGGAAUGGUGGGCUUGUUUGGGACUAUUAUCAGCGGUCUACAGCUAGCCAUUCUGGAGCACAAGGAUAUAAUGGAAAUUCAGUGGAACUGGAAAAUUGCAUUACUGUUCAUAGUAUUUGCCCUGUGUAUGUUUGGGCUGUACAGCUCCAUGCCUGUAGUGAUUAAAGUUACGAGUGCAACCUCGGUCAACUUGGGCAUUCUUACUGCAGACCUCUACAGUCUUUUCUUUGGACUCUUCUUGUUUUACUAUAAAUUUUCAGGUCUUUAUAUCCUGUCCUUUGUCAUCAUCAUGGUGGGCUUCGUCCUGUAUUGCUCCACUCCAACUCAGACUGCAGAGCCCACCACCGUGCCACAGCCGUGCAAUGCUGGCUUGGACAAUGCUGCUCUGAAGCUUGAUGAAAAUGACAGUGAAACGCCAGCUGUUGCCGUACACUAUACAAGAGGAGAAUCCGUGGUGGUCAGCACUGAUUGAAAAAUGGCAGCAUUUCAAAACAGAGCUUUUAUUUUAUUGCCAGAAUUUCCUUCAAAUAUUAAUCUGGAGAAGAGUUCUACUGCCAGAGCGUAUGUUGUACUGGGCUGUUUUUAAUGCACUGAAUAAACUUUUAAGGCCAGAUCCUCAAUCAGUGAAACCAUGUUGAUUUUCCCCUGCAGAAAAUCUAGCCCUUCAAAGAAGACAGAAUAGUAUUUAUGUGGAGUCUCUACAAGGUGAGAGACUGUUAUUUUUAAAUGCUUAAUUAGCUUAACAGCAAAUGCUUAGGGAGAAAAAGCCAAAGAAUGCUCUCGGGUUGCUAAAUGGAGUAGAUAUGCUUUGUAUUGUGUUAGGGACUUAAAUCUGCAAGGUGCUGUCUGAGGGCUGCAUGGUUCCCACAUCUCAGUGCCAGGAACCUUGGUGUCUUGCAGGAGCCACUCAUGGGAUCUAGUGCUGCAAGGCACGUUACGUGCACACACCUUCCACAUGCUGAUGGGCCUUAUUUAUCCACUGGAGGCAUUUGCAUCUUACAUUCCAGCUAAAUGUUUGUCUCUUCAUACUGCUGCAUUCUUUGUUGCAGCUGGGACUGCUGCAGAGAACAAGUAUUUUAUUUUCUAUUUCAUUUGUAAGGGCAGCUUGUGUUUGCGUGCUUGUAAUUUUUCCUCCCAGUAGCUUGCUGUUUGGUGCGUUCCCACCAGGUGGAGGAGACAAAGUCAGUACUCUGUUCCAUAAGAGCUGAUUUUAUUUCUUCUGGAUGAGACAGCAAAGGAAGUUUGAAUUGAAGUUCACUUCUCAGCAAAGUUCUCUCUGAGAUGGGAUGCAUUUCUGCAGAAAGACUGGAAUCUUUCUAAAGAUAAAAUCAAUCUAAAAGUGGCAUUUCAUAAAACAGUUUAAGGCCUUAGCCAAUCCUCAUUGCAACACUAAUGAUACAGUCUUCAAAAGGCUAUGUGCUUUCAGGAGAUUAAUUGGUAGUUUUCCUCCCUCUCUUCAUAUUUUCAGUAAAAUGACUAAAAUACUCAAAGCUGCAAUUUUAAUAUCAGUAAAAUAAUGUAAGGAUCUGUUUUUUGCAUAAAUCUUCACAGUUCAGGUGUGCAGAGUAGCAGUGAAUAAAGUUUUCAGCAGCUGAA